CCAAAUCAAACUGACUGGUCGACUUCAGAAUUCAGAAUCUUCGAGAGAGAUUUUCUUCUUUUUCAGUGCUGAGUGAGUGCUUUAAAACUCUGGUGACAGAAUAGGCUACCUGUUGUUAUUUCAUUCGUUUGAGCGUUUUCAAUCUUAUCGCGUCUUCAAAUUCGAAUUACUUUUUGUUUUUGAAUAUUAAGUGUAGGUAGAUAUACCUAUCUACCUUGUAAUCAUGGUGCGAUUGUCGUCUGGUAUGAUCCUUGUUGAGAACUUUUUGUGUUUCAUCAGUCUCCGAGCUGGAACUUUAUUUUCAUUAUAUUUGACGCUGAUGUCGUCUUUUUAUUUUGCCUUGGUGAUAUUAAAUGCAACUAUCGUUUCUUGGUGGGACAGCAGCUUUGCUCCUGCUCCCAUGCAUCUUUAUCUUAUUGAAAUUGCAAUGAUCGCACUGAUUUUAGCUUUGUGUUUCACCCUACUUCAUUUUCCUGUAAUUAACAAGAAAUAUAAUGAAGACUCGGUGAAUGCAAAAUGUCUAAAAUAUUUGUUUGGAUUCUAUGCUGUAAUGUCAGUAAUCGGCAUCUUGGUAACGUUCGGUGUGAUAGCAAUAGGUGGGCCUUGGAAUUCAGAUAGAUUACCCGCGAUUAUAUUUUUGACAGCUUUGUGGACAAGCGUAUUCGUACAUUUCACUGCGGUCGCUUAUAGUUACCACCUUUCUAUUCUCCAGUCUCAAGAAAAUCCUGGAGACGCGACUGCACAUAAUAUCGAAGAUGGUGAUGGAUCAACGCAGAAGAUAAUUCGAAAAGAUUUCUCAUGCUCUUCUAAUGAUGGAAAACUUGCUAUGCCACUUCCGCAAUCCUCAAAUUCCUCGACGAACGGAAGUGGUAAUCUUUAUGUAGAGUUGCGGUAAUUUUUCAGAAAUUCAAAAUACACAUAGGUAUACCUAGUUACCUACCUAUCUUUACUUUGCACGUUUAUUUCAAAAUUAUUUUCAUAAUCAUUAUGUUGUAUGGAUAGAUUAGAUAGAUUGUAGCUAUAUGAUUCUGAAACAUGUAGGUACCUACUUGUACUUACCUAUCGAAAGAUUGUCAUUUAAAAUCAUCUAUUGUAAAAAUAUUCCCUUGAUUUAAAAGCUUCAAAUUUUUAUAUACUAAGCGCGUUAACCUAAUUAUCAUUAUUAUUACUUUGUUUUGUUGUCUCAAAAAAUCCUUUUUGUAGGUAGCAUUUUUUACUGAAGUAGCUUUUUUAAUCUCUUGAAAUGAUGCAUCAUGUUCAUGUACUAUUUUUUAUCAAAAUGAAAAUGAAUUGAAAUGAUGUCAGAUAUAUGCCAGUGUUUAUUUAAUAAACCCGAUGUGAGUUAUAAAUUUCUGUGUCAGACAAAUAAUUGUUUUUUUUCCAUUGAGUAUCACUUUCCUGUCAAACUUUUUUAUUAUAACAAAAUGGGUUAUUACUUAUUACAUUCAUAUUUUUGAAUAGGUAGAAAAUAGCGAAAUUCAGGAUCGGAUCCUGCAGACUUUUGCUGCAAGUUCCCACAAUAAAGAUCACCACGUUAGGUAGUUUA